UCAGCUCGAGGAUGCUGUGAGUGCAGGAGCAGGGUGCUGGAUGCUGAAGGAGAGCGCAGACAAGAUGACCGCUGUCAACAGACAUACGACCGGAAGAUUCAGACGUAUCCUUUCAAAAUAAAAGCAGGAAUGUUGCAGGGAAGUAGGGGAAUGGAAGAAUAUAAUUUUGUAUGUAGGCUGUAAAGUGGAAAGUAUAUCAAGAGUUUAUGUCCUCAGUACGCCUACUAAUGGCGACAAUGAGACGCUGAGAGGAAUUAUCACUUAUAAGAGCUGAUGGAUUUUAGGCAUACAUGUGUGAGUCUGCAAGCAUGUGUAGGACAAUAAACAAAGUUUCUUGAAGAAAAGUUACCACAGCUGUGGAGCUGAAGAGUCAAGAGGACGCUAACGUGGUGAAGACAUGGUGGCUUAAAACCUAAAACAUGGUGAACAAUGAGUAGGAUGAAGAGGAGGAAGAGCCGAAUGGGCUGCAUUUAUUCAUCCCGUUCCUCCACCGUGCGCCCACACCCAACCUGCACUGUGUCCUCCGUACAGUGAGGCUCCGCAGCCCUGCAGUGUCUGCGGGACAUUGUCUUCAUUCUGCGGCUCUUACUCUGCCUCUCUGCGUUCUCAGCAGCACCUGCAGCCGGCCUGGAUCUCUGCGUCACACCGGUGUAAACAUCUCCCUGCUGCGUUCAUUCAGCAGCUGACUCCUGGCAUCAUCCAUGUACUGUCAAUGUGGAUAGUGGCUUAUUUACAGCGCAUCAUCUGACGGGAGAAGACAUCAGACUGGCACCAUGAGCAGCACUGUGUUUCAGCAGCAGGCCGUCCACAGCCCUCUGGAGCAGCAGAAGCAGAAACAGAAGUCUGGAGGAGGAGGACCGAUCCCAUGUCAGAACUGUGGGAAGCCCUGCAAGGGAGAGGCGCUCCGGGUCCAGAACAAACACUUCCACAUCAAGUGCUUCGUCUGUAAAGUAUGUGGAGUGGAACUGGCCCAGGGAGGCUUCUUCGUGCGGCAGGGUGAAUACAUCUGCACUCUGGACUACCAGCGAAUGUAUGGCACUCGCUGCUUCAGCUGCCAGGACUUCAUUGAGGGGGAGGUGGUGUCCGCCCUGGGCAAGACCUACCACCCUCGCUGCUUCGUCUGCGCCUCUUGCAAACAGCCGUUUCCAGCUGGCGACAGAGUGACAUUUAACGGGAAGGAGUGCAUCUGCCAACAGUGUACCCAGCCUCUCCCUGCCAACAGCCCUGCUCCCAUACAGGCUGUGCACAACUGCUGCGGCUGCGGGAAGGAGUUUAAGAACGAACAGUCUCUGGUAGCGCUGGACAAACACUGGCACCUGGGCUGCUUCAAGUGCAAAGUCUGCAACAAGGUGCUCAACGCCGAGUACAUCAGCAAGGAUGGGAUCCCCUACUGUGAGAUGGACUAUCACGCCAUGUUCGGCAUCCAGUGUGAGAGCUGCAAGAAGUAUAUCACUGGAAAAGUCCUGGAGGCUGGAGAGAAGCACUACCACCCCACAUGUGCCCGCUGCGCCCGCUGUGAGCAGAUGUUUGCAGAGGGAGAGGAAAUGUACCUGCAAGGAUCUACUAUCUGGCAUCCUCCAUGCAGGCAAGCAGCCAAGCAGGAGGAGAAGAGUAAGAAGCAGGUCCGGAUACAGCUCAAUGACGUCCCUGAGCAGCAGGUGACCAGGACCUCUUCUGAGAGCAUCACUUCAGUCCCAGCCUCCAGCGCUUCAGGCUCCCCCAGCAGAGUCAUCUAUGCCAAACUUGGAGAGGAGAUGCUGGACUACAAGGACCUAGCAGCUCUUCCAAAGACCAAGGCCAUCUACAACAUCGACAGGCCUGACAUGCUGUCCUACUCUCCGUAUGUGAGCUACCCGUCUGAGGAGAGACACUACGGAGAGUCCCCCCAGCUGCUUUCUCCUACUCCUACUGAGGGCGAUGGCGAAAAGUCCCCCCGUCAGCGGAGGCCCUCCAGCCCCAGCUCCAACAGCUCCCUGGGAGGCUACGGACGCUACACCCCAUGCAGAUCUCCCCAGAACUACAGCCGACCAGGUAGUGAAAGUGGUCGGAGUACCCCCAGCUUAUCCACCUACUCUGAUGGCAAAUCCCCCUCCUCUACAUACGUGGCUGCUCCCCGGCAUUUUCACAUACCAGAGACUAUGGUCAAAGAUAAUAUCUAUAGAAAACCCCCCAUCUACAAACAGCAUGCUUCUAGAACAUCCUGGCAGGAUGGGGAGGAUAGCAAGAGGACCAGCUGGAUGAUUCUGAAGAGUGAGAUCGAUGGGCACAUGGGUCCAGAAGAUCUAGACCCCUGCAAAUCCACACACAGUCUGCCCACUGAUACGUCCCAGCCCAAUUUCCCGUACAACAAAUCUGCAUCUUUACCCGGAUAUGGAAGGAAUGGCAUCUACAAGGCUGCAGAUAUGGUGGAGGAUGAAGUGGACCCAGACUCCCACAGCUGGGGCGGCAUGAGAGAAUACAAGAUCUACCCGUAUGAAAUCCUGGCAGUGACGCAUAGAGUGAAAGUGAAGCUUCCCAGAGACGUAGAUCGCACCAGACUGGAGAGACACCUUUCUCCUGAGGACUUCCACCGGGUGUUCGGCAUGAACCUGGAUCAGUUCGACCGUCUGGCGCUGUGGAAGAAGAACGACAUGAAGAAGAGGGCUCGCCUUUUUUAAGACGGGAAAACAAAACAACAUCUCAACUAGCGUCCGUCCUGUCUGGAAGGAAGCGACACAACAAAAAACCGACCCAUCUGAAAUAUCUAUAUAUGCACCGCCAUGAUACCCUUACUCUCCACCUGUACAACGCCAUGCCAUCUUGCCUGUGACGCCGCGGAGAGAGAGGCUCCGCACUGGGACAUUUUCACGAUGUUGAGGCAGCAUUUAUCGCUUUUUGUAUGCAAUGUGGUCCGAAUGUUUGACUGACAACCUUUACAGAAGAGGACGAGGAGCUGCGUUUGCAUGGCCUGUGUUGAUGCUCCUCGCCUCUCAUGUGGUUUCUGCAUCCUCCCCCCGACCUCUGACCCUUCUCGAUGCUUUCAUACAUACACCCUGGCAAAAAAACAACAGCUUUUUGUAAUUUUGAUGCAGGCCUUCUCCAGGUUUCUGUGGUUCUGACUGUUCAAUGUGAUCCUCUUUGUCAGUUUUUACUUUAUCAUCGUAUCUGUCUCUUCAAAUCAUCGGUUUGCUGCUCUGCUUUUUCUCUCUUUCUGUCCCUCCAUCAUUUUUAAGUUUCCCUCCCUGCACUGACUGUUACAUCAUCAAGCCCAUUCAGAUUUGCAACCCCGUCAUUACAUUAGGACAGAGAAGAAGAAGCAGCAGACACGCACUGUUCAAGCAUUUCAAGAUGAAAGACGAGAAUAUGAGACUACUCCUGCUGCUCGAUCAUAUCAAAAAGCACCUUAUCACACUCUUUUGUCUUUGUUCUUUUCAAUCAUAGACUUCUAGAAAAUUUGGUGGGGGAGUUUUGAAAUGCGUGCCCUGAUAUGUUUAAAUGCAGUCCCACAUCUUACAUAAGCAUCUCAUAAAUCAGCUCAGAUAAGAGAGCCGGGGGCUGAAUACGAGCCAAACAUGGCAGUGAAUCACAGAUAAAGGGAAGAUGGGGAGUAAAGGAGGUUUGGUUUCAGGGUGUGCAAAGGUGUCAAACAUGCAGCAUUGCCAGAGUGACAUGCACUCACAUCAACACAAACAAAAUAAAUUAUUUUUAUAAGCUAUUUUUGACUUCUGGAAAGCAUCAUAGACACCAAUCAUGACACGCAGCUGAAGAAAUGGUGAUUUUGUUACCAACAUGCUGACUUUGUUAAGCUUCCCGCAGCAAGUGCUUGAUUUAAAGUGGAUGCUCUAACUGUGUUAUAUGCUCUCAGAUAGAGAUUUAACUCUUUGUAUGUUUGUUGUUUGAAAGCAUUGUUGCGUACAGUAAAAAAACUCAACGUUGAAGCUGCAGUCCGUCAGCUUUGCUUGAUGAUUUCUGGACCGCAAUCUGAUCAACUCGCCAACUAACAUACUGUAAGAUGUAUGUGAACAUAUACUGGACUUAUACCAGAUAUAUUUGUCUGUAUACAAGCCAUGGUGUAUAACUCUUCAGGCAUGCAUGAGGGAGGGAACGUGGGGUUUGUCCUCUGGUUAGAAAUGUAUGAAACAUUAUGAUCAAUGUGGUUUGAGUGAUUUUUAAUGAAAUGCCCAGGUCAGCUGCUUACAUUAGCUUGUGUUAGGUAUUUAUUUAAUUGCAAUAUCAAGGAAGGGAUUUUAUUUUAAGAUUUUAAGGUUCUAGUGUUAAAUUCAUAGCAUCACGAGGAGAAGAGAGCUUUUGAAGAGAAACAUAUCAACAUUUGAGUUUAAUCUGAGUGUCAAAUCAUUUUUAUUUUGCUCCUGUAAGUAACACACUAACUGUUGUCAUAAAACGUCAUGUCUUCUUUCUAAUAUUCAUCUGCUAUUAAAGUGCUUUAUCCAAACUACAGUGUCAC